AUGUCUGCUUCAACUGCCACCGCCUCCGCCUCGCUCUCCGAUUGUCCACGCCCAGGGAGACUCCGUCGCUUCAGUCAGCUUCGUGCUUACACACAAACCCUAUCCCACUCGUCUUCGGGCGGACAUCGGUCGCGUAACAGUCUGAGUAGUCGAGUGCCGUGGUUGUCUCCCUCGUCGUCAGGUCCAGAGUCUCCCACGCUUCAGGUGGGGAACUCCACUGCUCCAGGUCCCGAAAGUGACCAACCAGCCCUGUCUCGCUACACUUCUGCACCCACCGCGAGCUCCCACGGUCUGGGCGUCGACACACAAACGUCAUCGGCUGAGUCGUCCCGGUCAACUCCUCCAAACGAGCCAACUCAACGUUCUACCAAUGUCAUGGCCCGCUUAAGGAGUGCCUCGGCCGUGCAAGGUCGCCCGCCUCGUACGAUCGCGCUUGCAAGAACUGCCACCCAAGAGGCUCCCACGUCCCUCCCAGAACCGACACCUGCGGCCACCGAUGCGCCCGAAUCGACAGGUACAAUCCCCACAGACGCUGUCCAGGUCACUGCCGUGAGUGCGAAUAAGAAGGCCACCAUUCGAUUUUUCCCGUACCAGGACACCUUCCAGAGCUCGAGACCCUCCCUCCCAUUCGUCCCCAUUGCACGCACGUUACCCUCGGAGAGCUCUGUCAUUCGAGUUGGUCGAUACUCUGAACGAGAUGGCAUCCCAAUCCCCAACCCCACCGAACCCUCAGACGCUCCGGUGGGCUUCAAAUCGAAGGUGGUCAGUCGGAAACAUUGCGAGUUCAUCUACAGUAAUGGCCAGUGGCACAUCAAAGAUGUAGGAAGCUCCUCUGGCACGUUUUUGAACCACAUGCGCUUGAGUCAGCCGAAUAUGGUGUCCCGUCUAUACUCGAUCAAGGACGGCGAUAUUGUGCAGCUGGGUAUUGAUUUCCGGGGCGGCGAGGAGAUGAUUUUCCGGUGUGUUCGGAUACGCAUUGAGUGCAACCGCUCCUGGCAGCAGCAGCCGAAUGAGUUUAAUAAAAACACCGAAAGCCUGAUCAAAAACUUGGGCAAGGGAGAUGGGGCCGACUACUCUGGUUGUCGAGAGUGCUCGAUUUGUCUGGGCUCUGUCUUGCGACCGUAUCAAUGUCUUUUCAUGGCAGCCUGUGCCCACGUCUGGCAUUACAAAUGCAUCAGUCGCUUACUCCACCAAGACUAUCCCAUGUUCCAGUGUCCCAACUGUCGUGCGUUCACCGAUCUCAGCGCCGAGGUCGAUGAUUCCAACGAUGUCGUCGAGAAUGAGGAGGCCAAGGGGCCAACUGAAGCUACAUCGACGAAUGACUCUGCAGAGGUCCCCGCCGGGACGCAGCCUGCACAGGCUACGACGACUACAAGUGUUGAGGGGCAGCAGCCCACGCCAUUGGAACCGCACUCAGAAGAACCGGACUUUGUCACCGACGUUGAGAACCUACACCUGCAGGACGAUAACGAUGAAGCAUCCGGGUCUGGAAUCGACAUGGAGGAUGGCCACAGCUCGGACUUUCCAGCUCCGAACGCUAGUAACGACGACCUGGCUCGCAGUGCCACUAUCAGCAUCCCUGGGUUCCAACCCACCCAACCUCUCAACGUACCUGCGGCUCGACAACCACACCUUCGAGCGGAUACACCAGGUCGCUCAGAGACAUCCGAUGACAACCCUCUGACUCCGCGAAACGACUCGGGCCCUCUAGCCUUCGAUGGUCGCGCGGGCAUGCGGUGA